GUCCCAAGCAUCUAAAGCUCCCCCAACGAAUAACGCGCAGAAAGUUUACGCACACCCAUUGAAAGCUCAAGAUCUGCCAUUGUUGUCGCAGCAGAUAUCUUUUUUUUUUUGUUUUUCUCAUAUUCACAUACCCAUAACAACAAAAAUGCUCUCCACGCGCUUAAUAUCAGGCCCGGCGGCCCGCUCCGCAUUCAGGAAAUCAACUCUCCCCACAGUCGUCGCCCCGAACUCGCUGUCGAGAUGGAGGCGGUCAUAUGCUUCGGAAGCUGAGCAAAAGGACCUUGUCAUCAUUGGCGGUGGUGUUGCCGGUUACGUUGCUGCCAUCAAGGCUGGCCAACAGGGCAUGAAGGUUACCUGCAUUGAGAAGCGCGGAACCCUAGGAGGCACAUGUCUUAACGUCGGAUGCAUUCCCUCAAAAUCCCUCCUCAACAAUUCGCACCUGUACCACCAGAUCCUCCACGACACUAAGAACCGCGGUAUCGAGGUCGGCGAUGUCAAGCUCAACCUCCAGCAGCUCAUGAAGGCCAAGGACACCUCGGUCGGUGGCCUUACCAAGGGUGUUGAGUUUCUGCUCAAGAAGAACGGCGUCGAGUACCUUAAAGGUACCGGCUCCUUCGUCAACGAGCAUGAGAUCAAGAUUGCACUGAACGAUGGUGGCGAGACCAGCCGCACUGCCAAGAACAUCCUUAUCGCAACCGGUAGCGAGGCCACCCCUUUCCCCGGCCUGGAGAUCGAUGAGAAGAGGGUUGUGACCAGCACCGGAGCUCUUGCCCUCGAGAAGGUUCCCGAGACCAUGACCGUCAUUGGAGGUGGUAUUAUUGGUCUGGAGAUGGCAUCUGUCUGGUCCAGGCUUGGAGCCAAGGUUACCGUUGUCGAGUACCUUGGUCAAAUCGGUGGACCCGGAAUGGACACCGAGAUUGCCAAGUCGGCGCAGAAGAUCCUGAAGAAGCAGGGUAUCGAGUUCAAGCUUAACACCAAGGUCAACGGUGGUGACACCACCGGCGACAAGAUCAAGCUCGACAUUGAUGCCGCCAAGGGUGGCAAGGCUGAGUCUAUCGAGUCCGAUGUUGUCCUUGUUGCUAUUGGUCGCCGCCCGUACACUGGUGGGCUUGGCCUGGAGAACGUUGGCCUGGAGACUGACGACAGGGGUCGUGUCGUCAUUGACUCGGAGUACCGCACCUCCCACCCCCAUAUCCGCUGCGUUGGUGAUGUUACAUUCGGCCCCAUGUUGGCACACAAGGCUGAGGAGGAGGCUGUGGCCGUCGUUGAGUACAUGAGCAAGGGCUAUGGUCACGUCAACUACGCCGCCAUCCCCUCGGUUAUGUACACACAUCCCGAGGUUGCCUGGGUUGGUCAGAGCGAGCAGGAUCUUCAGAAGGCCGGUAUCCAGUACCGCGUCGGUACCUUCCCCUUCAGCGCCAACUCGCGUGCUAAGACCAACCUCGACACUGAGGGUAUGGUCAAGAUGCUUGCCGACCCCGAGACUGACCGCAUUUUGGGUGUGCAUAUUAUUGGCCCCAACGCCGGUGAGAUGAUUGCUGAGGGUACUCUGGCUCUUGAGUACGGUGCAUCUAGCGAGGACAUUGCCAGGACUUGCCAUGCCCACCCCACACUGGCGGAGGCUUUCAAGGAGGCCGCCAUGGCCACUCACGCCAAGGCCAUCCACUUUUAAAAGGGUGUGUGUGCUUUGGCUGUUGUCUUGUUACGAUUAUAGCGAAGCAUUAGAGGGUUUUUUUUUCAUUUUUAUGUGUUUUUGCGGCAUUUCCUCAUGCCGCUCACAGCAUUGGGAAUAUGGCAUACGACCAGUUUCCGAUUUCUACACGAUGGCGGCAGGCAGGCUUUGGUAUAUAGAGAAUGUCUCAAACCAGCAUUUGUCUUUAUCUGACUCGCUUGGCCCGCCAUCUAAACCAAAAUAAGAAAAGAGAAAGAAAAAAAAAGUCGGGUCUGGUUGAGAAGUUGAGAGCAUGGAUAAACCGGGAAAAGACCUAAGCUGCUUCUAGACGGUGACACAAAAUGGCUGCCUUUUUUCUUUGUUUUCAGGGGAGACGAUGGAGUCAGUGAGCGAUCACGAGUGUAAUAAUAAACGGUGCUGUGCUAUGUCAAAACGGGUACUGGGUCAUGAUCGGUGAUACAGGAUGUAGUGUGAGUCUUUGGUCCGUUGUAAGC